CCGGUGCCGGGGCGAUGGCGGGGCCGGGGCCGGUGCUGGCGGCGGCCGCGGCGCUGUGGGCGCGGGGCGCGGCGGGCGCCGAGGUGGCGGCGGCGCGUCCCGGGGCGCUGGACGAGGAGAUCGUGUCCGAGAAGGCGGCGGAGGAGAGUCACCGUCAGGACAGCGCCAACCUGCUGGUUUUCAUCCUGCUGCUCACCCUCACCAUCCUCACCAUCUGGCUCUUCAAGCACCGCCGCGCUCGCUUCCUCCACGAGACCGGGCUGGCCAUGAUCUACGGUGUCCUGGUGGGUGUGGUCCUGCGCUACGGCAUCCAUGUCCCCAGCGAUGUCAACAACGUCACCCUGAGCUGCCAGGUGCAGACCAGCCCGGCCACGCUGCUGGUGAACGUCAGUGGGAAGUUCUACGAGUACACCCUCAAGGGGGAAAUCAGUGCCCAGGAGCUCAACAAUGUCCAGGAUAAUGAGAUGCUGAGGAAGGUGACUUUUGAUCCUGAAGUAUUCUUCAACAUUUUGCUUCCUCCUAUUAUAUUUUAUGCAGGCUACAGCUUGAAGAGGAGGCACUUCUUCAGAAACUUGGGAUCCAUCCUGGCAUAUGCUUUCCUUGGCACUGCCAUUUCCUGCCUGAUGAUUGGCUCUGUCGUGUACGGCUGUGUGGCGCUGAUGAAAGUCACUGGGCAGCUCGGGGGAGAUUUCUACUUCACUGACUGCCUCCUGUUUGGGGCCAUUGUGUCAGCCACUGACCCAGUGACUGUCCUUGCCAUAUUCCAUGAGCUCCAGGUCGAUGUUGAGCUGUAUGCCCUCCUCUUUGGUGAGAGUGUCCUCAACGAUGCCGUUGCCAUAGUGCUGUCUUCCUCAAUAGUUGCAUAUCAGCCAGCGGGUGACAACAGCCACACGUUUGAUGUCACAGCGAUGUUCAAGUCCAUCGGGAUCUUCCUGGGGAUAUUCAGUGGAUCUUUUGCAAUGGGAGCAGCAACUGGAGUUGUGACAGCUUUAGUCACCAAGUUCACCAAGCUCCGGGAGUUCCCCUUGCUGGAGACUGGCUUGUUCUUCCUGAUGUCCUGGAGCACCUUCCUGCUGGCUGAAGCAUGUGGCUUUACAGGUGUGGUGGCUGUGCUCUUCUGCGGGAUCACACAGGCCCAUUAUACCUAUAACAACUUAUCUACAGAGUCCCAACACAGAACUAAGCAGUUGUUUGAGCUUCUGAAUUUCUUGGCAGAAAACUUCAUCUUCUCCUACAUGGGACUUGCACUGUUCACCUUCCAGAACCAUGUCUUUAACCCUACCUUUGUGGUGGGGGCCUUUCUUGCUAUCUUCCUAGGAAGAGCUGCCAAUAUUUACCCAUUGUCAUUUUUACUGAAUCUUGGGAGAAGAAAUAAGAUUGGAACGAAUUUGCAGCACAUGAUGAUGUUUGCUGGGCUGCGUGGAGCCAUGGCCUUCGCCCUGGCCAUCCGCGACACGGCCACGUACGCGCGGCAGAUGAUGUUCAGCACCACCCUGCUCAUCGUCUUCUUCACCGUGUGGGUGUUCGGCGGGGGCACCACGGCCAUGCUGUCCUGCCUCAACAUCAGGGUCGGUGUGGAUGCGGAUCAGGAGAACGUGGGUGUCCCAGAGAGCGAGAGGAGGAGCACGAAGGCUGAGAGCGCUUGGCUUUUCCGCAUGUGGUACAACUUCGACCACAACUAUCUAAAGCCUCUCCUGACACACAGUGGUCCCCCACUGACCACCACACUCCCAGGGUGCUGUGGGCCUGUUGCCCGGUGCCUGACAAGCCCACAGGCGUACGAGAAUCAAGAGCAGCUGAAGGACGACGACUCCGACCUCAUUCUGAACGACGGGGACAUCAGCCUGACGUACGGGGACUCCACGGUGAGCACGGAGCCGGCGGCGCCCGGCAGCGCCCGGCGCUUGGCGGGGAACAGCUCGGAGGACGCCCUGGACCGGGAGCUGGCCUUUGGGGACCACGAGCUCGUGAUCCGGGGGACGCGCCUGGUGCUGCCCAUGGACGAUUCGGAGCCGCCCUCAAACGUCCUGGAUAGCGCCAGACACGGCCCAGCAUAAGGCUGCUCGCUUUGGCUGACGGUAAUAUUUGCAUAUAUGAUCAAGGAGUAUGUACUACCUAAAGUCUAAUGCAUGUCUCAAAAUGUCUAAGCUGUAUAAAUAUUAUUUAUAUGGUGUCAAAAGAAUAUAAAUAUUCUCUGCCAAGCACUUGUAAAGAACAAGCUGCAAAUUUAAGUUAAAAACUGUGUUGACUGCACUAUGUAGGGUGGAACUGUUUUAGCGUCAGAGUCUUUUGCACACAGUGAGCUUCGUUAGUGUGUGAUUUGAUGAAGGGUUUAGUUCCCAGCGGGUGAGUAAAGGAGCUGUGACUCCCUGUUCAUCCUUUGAACCUGGGAGAGGAGGGUAGGGAGUUGCUGGUGAGCAGUGGAAAUUGCUUUCUGGUCCGAUGAGGAUUGUUGAGUUUCUUUUGGUCUCUGAUCUUUGGAUAGUCACGUUUGAAAUAUCAGCAAAAAAUCUGCCCACAGACCCUCUCGCCAGGCAGUGGAUGGUGAUAAACUUGUUUCACUGUGGGAACCUGGAGACUUUCUGCUUUUUAGUGACCCUCUGCCCAAGCCCUGCUUUAGUGGGCUCAUGGCAGACCCAGCCAGAGCUGACAGCGAGGGCUGCGGUGUCCAGCUGCUCGGAUGGGAGCAGGAGAGAGGGAUGGUUGGUGUCUGUAGUUGUGUUCAGGAGAAGGAGGCAAUCCCACAGAAACUACACCAGGCGUGCACAGAUUUUAGGUCUGAGUCCAUCUUUCAGCUGUGGCUCAAGCAGCUUUCUAGAACCAGCCAUCAAAUCCUCUUUUGGCAACUGAAUUUCACGUUUGGGAAGCGGCCGUGUCUUUGCGCGGGCGAGUUCCUGUCCUGCAGUCACAGAUGUAGCCAAGGUGUGCAGAGGGGGCACACCCCACCUGGGGCUGUGGAGCCCAGCCCACCUCAAACUCGAGCUUUAGGGCUGCAGAUCCACGUGGUACCAGAGCUCUGCAGGGCAUCCAGCUGGUACUGAAGGGGAGCCGUCCGUCCGUCCGUCCUCCCGCAGUCAGAAACCAUUGCACUUUGUUUGGUAACUCCUCAGCAUGCUGUGUGUCUGCAGUCCCCACCCAACCCUUCUUGUGUCUCUUAUCAUUUAAGGAGAAAUGUUUGCGAGUUGAUUUUUGGUUUUUAAUUUACGUUUUUGUUUUUCGAGGAAGAGCACAGAACAAUUUAGGAUUCACACUAGUGUUAAAGGAUUUAUUCUGUACUUAUGGGAAUGGCUGAAGGUGCAGUGAAACUGUUAACCCUGACAUCUUUUUUCUCCAGGAAAGGGGGAAUCAUGGAAAUUUACUGUAUGUAAUUUUAUUGUCUAUUUUAUCUACAGUUUUGCUAUACAAACCUUUCAGGGUUACUGGUGCACUACAGGCCCAUUCUCUGGAGAGAGGGUUAACCCUCUCCAGAGGGCUUAAACAGAGGUAUUUAAAAUGAAAAUACAUGAAAGAGAGCCAGGUGAGUCUGGGCACUCACAGCUCACAUUAGCUGUCUUUGGAACAAACUCUGCAUCUCUCAGGAUCUGACCCUGAGACCUCAGAGCAGUGUCCCCACAGCUGUUUUCCCCAGCACCACCUGAGAGUUGGAGGAGACAGAAAAUCCUGAAGUUUCAAGUAUAUAUGUAUAGUUGAGAAAAUAAAUCUACACGGUUUGGUUUGUUUUUUAUUUUCAUUUUCUCAGGUCUAAGUAACAUUGCCUUAAAUUUAUGGAUGUGAAACAAUAAUUAUUUUGGCAGUUUAUCCCCAAGAAAAUGCUUUCAUUUUCCUUCUGAACAAAAUGUGUAAGUGUUGCCAUAAGACUUCCCUAGAAGGGGGGUAAUGCUCUGUUUAUAUUUGGAUAUAUUUGGGGCAUCUUCCUUGCACCUGUAAAUGGCAUCCCGCUGUUAACAAAGCUGUUGGAUUAGCACUGGCCUUUGUUUCCUACUAUGCAGGAAUUCCAUAAAGUGAGUGUGCAUUUUAUAUGAUGUCUGUAACUUAACUUCAUGUGUUUAAAAAAACAAAAAAAGAACGAAAAAAAAAAAAGUAGGAACCUGUUGAUUUUAGGUUUACUGCAUCACUUCUACAUCCUGUUUUUUGUUUGUUCUGCCUUUUUGAAGAGGUAUGAUAAAUAACUACCUCUUGUUUUUUCCUGUAUAGCCUGACUAUGAAUUCAAUUUACAGAGUUGGUGCAGCUGGAGGUGCAGGACAGUUCUGCUGCCUCAGGGCUCCCUCCCAGGCAUUCCCAGCUGAGGUGAAAACUUGCUGCAAGGUGGCCACAAGCUGAUGUUUCACCAUGGCUGUGGUAGCAUUCCUCUCUUCCUCUGACCCUUUGACUUCAGUAAUUUAUCCACUCACUGUAAUCUUGCCAACACAUUACCCAUAAGCUUCAACUUUUGACACCAGUAACAGUUUAGAUAGUACAUGAAAGGAGAAGAAACUAACCAAUGAUGAUUUUAUGGGUUACAUUUUGAUCCAUAUAUAAUCUAACCAGGACUGUUUUGAAUAGCCUUAAGUCAAUGAAUGAAUCUAAGAUUAAAUUCAGGAGUGAUUUCAUAAAUGAAUGGGACUCAUCCUCAGCUGAUUAUUUUCUGUGCUGGGCUGCAGCAGAGCACACAGGAAUGCCUGGUGUGCAGAGGCAGAGCCCUGAUGCUUUGUGCUGCAGAUGGAGUUAAGAGUAUGUCCUGGUUCAGGGCAAAUUUGGGAGAAAACCUCUGAAUGGGAUCCCUCUAGGAAACAGAUUCAAGCAGUCCCUCCCCCAGCUGGUUCAGGGAAAUAUUUCAUUGGAGAGAAGUGGAAAAAAACCUGUUUAUUUAACAGGCAAAGCACUUUCCAGCACAAAAAUGAACAAUACUAAACAGCAAAACUUCUCACUGCUCUGAAGAGAUGGCAAAUUCAGAGGAGUCCCUUCUGUGGGUCACAGCCCAGCUCACUCAGGCUGUUCUCAGUCCCUCCAGUGCUGGGAAAUGUCACAGCCCAGGUGGGCCACAGGUGUGAGCUCCUGGUGCUCCUCUGGGUUUUUUAGUCCAGAGCAGAUUUGAACAAUUCCAAGAAAAAGGGGGGAAAAAAAAAAACCCCACAGUCCAGGGAGUUUCUCUGCCUCAGCUAGCCAGAAACUAACCAAGAGCAAAGGAGAGCUGUCUCCUGCUUCCACUGCAGACAGCACAGUCUGUGUGAAGGAUGAGGAGGAGAGAGUGCAGUCCUGGUAAACUCUGCACCUCUUCUCUCCCCCUUCACCCCUGGAAACAGUCUUAAAGCUGCAGAACUCAAUAUUCAACAUUAUUAGAACAGACAGUUUGGGAUACAAGCAUCAUAAAGUCACCCCAAGACACCAGUGAUGAUUCUAUGAUCCAUAUAUACGACCUUAUGAUCCAGAUACAAUAUAACCAGGACUGUUUUGAAUAGCUUUAGUCAAUGCAUGUAAAUUCAGGAGUGAUUUCACAAAUGAAUGAGAUUCAUCCUCAGCUGAUUAUUUUCUGUGCUGGGCUGCAGCAGAGCACACAGGAAUGCCCUGAUGCUUUGUGCUGCAGAUGGAGUUGAGAACCUUGGAGAUUCAGGGCCUGAGACCUUUGCCAAAUGGAUAAGACAGCCCUGAGGAGGCACUUUACAGCCCCCACAAAGAUUUAGAGAAGGUGCCCUUCUUCUGUAAAUUGAAUUUUCAUGGUUUUUGCACAUGAAAAAGCAUUGUAGGUAAAGUUAUGAUUUGUACUGGUACUGUCAAUUUGUGUGGUAAUGGCAUUAACCCCGUAGCUGUGGUGUUUGUGCAGCUGAUCUGUGAUAGCUGAUGAUCACUAUUGGACCUUCUGUUUACACUGACUAAAUCCUCUACUGUUGCAUUGUACUGUGAAAGAAGGAUUAUGGGCCUAUAAAAGAUUAUUUUUUUUUUUUUGGAAUUGUGUGUACCGUUUCAUUAAUUCACACGGAAAUAAAUCUGUAGCAAAGUGACGACGUUC